AUGUGCCGUUUUCUAAUAUACAAGGGCAAGGAGCCCAUCAAGCUGUCGCACUUGCUAACCAGACCAGAGCAUUCGAUCAUCAAACAGUCGUUUGAUUCGCGGCUUAGACUCGAUAGAAGGAGACCGAUGAAUGGGGACGGGUUCGGCGUCGCCUACUAUACGGAAGACCCAGAGAUAAACCUCGACGGACCAUGCCUGUUCAAAGCUAUCACUCCUGCAUGGAAUAACCAGAACCUAGAGACGCUAGCCGAGAAAACCAAGUCGCGGCUUGUGUUUGCACAUGUGCGUGCAAGCACGUACGGGACCUUGAGUGAGACGAACUGCCACCCAUUCACGUACCACAGACUAACUUUCAUGCACAACGGCGGUAUAGGUAAUUUCCACCGCAUCAAACGGAAAUUGUUCAACCGCAUAGACGACAAGUACUUGUUGAUCAUCCAGGGGAGCACGGACUCAGAAUGCGCGUUUGCGUUGUUCUUGGAUGUUUUGGACAAGAUGGGCUAUGACCCGGCCGAGGCUGGCGGUUGUUUAGACAGUACCGCAGCAGCGGAAGUUACGUCCCCAAGUACGACUAACACUGCAGCGGGGAAGACGCAGCGCGAACGCGAACACCACCGCGCGCGCAGCAAUCACGUCUUGCUCAGACGCGCGUUGGUGCAAACGAUUGACCUUUUGAGACAAUGGACAAAAGAGGCAGCCGCCGAAGAGGCCGAGGCCCGCAACGCCAAGGCGAAAGGAACACCUGCCGCCAGUCAUGUGCGCGUAGAAGACGUGUUUGAACCAUCGCUCCUCAAUUUCGCCGUCACAGACGGCGAGUGCAUAGUUGUAUCGCGGUACAUUACGUCAAGCACGGACGAAGCACCUUCUUUGCAUUUCAGCUGUGGCUCCAGUUUCGUCGAAUCGGCACCCGGAGAGUACCGAAUGGAGCGUCUGGACAGAAACCAGGAUGUGGUAAUGGUUGCGAGCGAGCCGCUAACGUUUGAACGAGGCGAUUGGACCGCUGUGCCGACAAACAGUAUACUAACGGUGCGGAAUCAAACGGUGCUUUUGCAUCCUCUCAUCGACGAAUACUACCAGACUGACCCACUGUAUGCCAGAAGCGCAACACUUGCGGAGAGUAAGGGUCUCAUGGGCAGUGUUCCGGUGUCCAGCCCGGUGGACCCCAAGGUUCCACCUUUGGAGAGGGACCGCAGAGUCUAUCUCACGUGA